AUGACCAGCCCUGAGAAUGGGCUUUUGACUUGGGAAUCAGAGGACACGGACAUCUGUUCAUUCCCUUCCGAAAAAUCCUCUACGGUACCCUCGGAGACAAGUGACGACCGAGAUUUCAUCGCUUCAGACACAGAAAGAUUGUCAUAUGCCUCGCAUGAUUCGUCGGAUGCUUUAUAUCUUUUCAAUGGUUCCUCGCGAGCUGAUGGAGAAUUUGGUGUUCAGGACGGGAAAAUUCCAAUCAAAACAAUCACGCGACAAGCAGUCAUCCAGAAUGGCCAAUCGGUCAUUAAAUAUCUUGUUCUGUGGUACUCGUGGGAAGAUGAUGAGAUGUGA